AUGCAUAUCCUUCAAACUCUUCUGAUUUGUGCCGCGGUCAUCCAGGCUUUGGCUGAUCUCCCCUCGAGGCAUGUCACAACUGAGUCUGAUGUUGAGAUCCGUAGCAAGUCUACUGGCGGAAGUUAUUUCAUGUUCCCUCGCGUGCCAGCUUGUGACCCCAAGAACAAGCAAUGCAUCCAAUGCCCUACGACCAAAUUUACUAAAGGGAAGAGAGGUCUUAAAAAGGGAAUGAGUUCAAACAAGCAUACCUCGAGCAGAGGCAAGCCCAAGGCCGCGACUCCACAACCCGUCAACGCGAAAAAAGUCAACAAAGCCAACGGUGCUGCCAAUGCCAACGCAAAAUCCAAGCCCAAGCCCAAGAGAUCGAACAAUGAGCUUAUGGAAAAGCACUCAGAUGCCAGAAAGAUGAGGAGUCGCUCAAGGUAUCUUGCUGGCCGCAUGGGAAAAUCCUCACUUGCUCGGAGCGUAUUCCCUCGUGUAGACUUUCCGGAGGAUCAGGUGAAUGCUAACGGUCCAUGGGAAGAGGGCGACCAGAUCACCAUACUUAAUUCUCAAAAAUGCCUCUCGAUAGUGGUUUUGGAGAGAAAUAGGUACCAAACGCUCAACCUCAAACCGCAAGAUCCAAAUGACAAAACACCAAGCUUCGAAUAUGUCAAGAACUUUUUGAUUGGUCACGGCGUAUUGGAUGCAAGAACCAUAAAGCCAAAGAAAGCAUUCGCUUAUCUGGUUGUUCCAACUGCCAUAAGGCAAUCGUCAAACUCUUUAUACACGACAGCGUUCGAGCAAGUUGCCCUUACAGUCAUGGAAUGCAAACCGAUCGAGCUCAAAACAGGCAGGCCACAGAACGUUCGUAUCACUAACUCAGGUGGCAAUGCGUUUAACUUUCAACAUGAGAUUCUCGGCGGAACGGCUAGUUGA